GCUGUGCGGGCGCGGCGGUUGGCGGGUGCGCGGGCCCGGCCUGCGCGCGUGCGGCCUGUUGCGGCGACCGUUGGCCCGUGAGGGGCUUCCCGGGAGUCCGGCGGCGAGAGGUGACUGGUAGAAGAGAGAGACCCAUUCCUGACUAUGUCGAGGAGAAAGUUGGAGAAUAAAAGCCUUUCUGGCUUGUUAGCCACAUCUCUGCAGACACAAAUCAAGACAGACAAUUUCCACAAUUUUUAUAUUCUUGAAUCGAAAGAGCUAGGAAGAGGAAGAUGUGCCGUGGUUAGAAAAUGUAUAGCUAAAUCCACAGGCCAAGAGUAUGCAGCUAAAUUUCUAAAGAAAAGAAGAAGAGGUCAAGACUGCAAAGCAGAGAUUCUUCAUGAAAUUGCUGUACUUGAAUUAAUGAAAUCUAAUCCUCGCAUAGUUAAUCUCCAUGAAGUCUAUGAAACGGCAAAUGAAAUCAUCUUAGUGUUGGAAUAUGCUGCUGGAGGAGAAAUAUUUGAUUUGUGUGUCCCAGAUCUGGAUGACAGAAUUGGUGAAAGGGAUAUUAUAAGGCUUAUAAGACAAAUACUUGAAGGACUUCGCUGCUUGCAUGAAAACAAUAUUGUUCAUCUUGAUUUAAAGCCUCAAAAUAUUUUGCUGAGCAGCCUCAAUCCUCUUGGUGAUGUAAAAAUUGUAGAUUUUGGUAUGUCUCGGAAGCUUGAGAAUUCUAGCGAACUGCGGCAGAUCAUGGGAACAACAGAGUAUCUAGCUCCAGAAAUUUUAAACUACGACCCUAUUACCACAGCUACAGAUAUGUGGAACAUAGGUGUAAUUUCAUACAUGCUGCUAACGCAAGAAUCUCCAUUUGUGGGAGCUGAUAAUCAAGAAACUUACCUGAAUAUAUCUCAAGUUAAUGUGGAUUAUUCAGAAGAAACAUUUUCAUCAAUUUCACAGCCUGCCAAAGACUUUGUUCAAAAACUUCUCAUUAAAAAUCCAGAGGAACGACCCACAGCAGAAGCCUGUCUUUCUCAUUUGUGGUUGCAGCAAGAGGAGUUCAUACUCUUGUGUAGUCCUGAAGAAACUUGUUGCUCUUCUCCGAUGACAGGACACACAACAAAAUGUUUAGAAGAGCGGAGCGUAAAAUCCAGUUGUAAUGGUACCUGUAGCAACAAGGAAGACAAAGAAAACAUCCCAGAGGACAGCAGUACAGUCUCCAAACGCUUCCGUUUUGAUGAUUCAUUACAGUAUCCCCAAGACUUCAUGACAGACUUCAUAUGUUAAUGUGUAAUAUAGACUUUUAUGAAGUGAAUUUAGCAUAAUCUAUUCCAGUGGCGAAUAUAAGAUUAUGGCUUGCCAAUUUAUGCAGCAUUGGCAUAUUGGAAAUGCACUUUGAUUCUUUUAUGCUGGUGCUUCCUUUUCUAUCCAUUGCUGGCAAUGGAUUUAACUCCUGAGAAACUGGGGUUGUUGCACCAAUAAAAUGAAUUAUUUUUUUUUAAGAAGAUAUAAUUAAAUAUUUUUGCACUUUUCAAGUUUUAGUCCAAAAAUGAUGCCAGAAUGAACAAAUUAAAACCUGAAAAUGAGUUUAAACAAACUCAAGCUUUGCCAAACAGAAUAUGUGCACGUUUUUAUGACUAGCCUUAAUAAGAAAUUGGUCUAAGCAGGGAAACUGAAUCUAGCUGUUUUACUGGGCUUCUUUGUGACCAUUCUCAUUGCUUUAAAUGGAAGCCAAAGUUGGUAUGUUUUGGGACUAUGAUACAUCUCUUGGGGCCAUUUGAAAAACUGCUUUCUCUCUAGGAUCAUUAGUAGUUAAGUGUUUCUGCCUCAUAGAUCUGGUUCACUUAGGGAUUAUAAUGCAUAUUCUGUGUUUUUUCCUGUGCUGGAUCUCUGGAAUGCUUAAAUAGAAGACGGGUAGACUGUCAGUCCUUGCAUUAGUGAUCCUUUGCUUCUUAUCAGUAAGUUAUAUUUGAAGAGGAUGAGGGUCCCGUGCUGACGUAAAUAUCAUACACUUAUUAGUUUGCUUUCAUCAAACCUCUGAAACAGUAUUGUCUACCUGUAUUGAGCUAUUCCUCAUCUUAAAAAAAACCAAAACCAACAAAACAAAAAAAAACCCAAACCGCCAAAGAAACCCAAAUCACAAACCUUCUUUAGAGUUAAAAUAACUGAAUAAACUGAAAAUAAGCAUUUUUUGCCAGUGAAGCUGCAAUUAAAAGCCUGUAAUUAUGCCCCUCUAAUGUAGAAAUGCAGCGCAUAUUUCUGUCAGUUGUUGUUAUCCAUAACAGCUUAGCUUCAUGCCCGCUCUGAGAAAUGGACUGCAGUGUGUUAGUAUUUAAAGACAAACUACCUAAUAAUUGUUUUAAGCCUUAAACUUGGUUUGUUUAGUGAGUUUAUUUUCCUAAGUUAUAUCCCUUCCACUUCCUUUUGUAGGCACUGAGGAAGCAGUGCCUGUGUCAAGUUUUGACUUAGAGCAAAUACCAAUCAUGCCAUAACAGCCUGAGACUAAUACUGACAAGAUAAAAUCCUAAUCAUGACACUGAGGCUGGAAGUCUUUUUGUGUAAGGAAUGCAGUAAAACUCUUAUAAAUAAUUUGAGAGCAAAUGGCACUUUAAUAUACUUUUGGGAUUUUCCACUCCUCAGAGUUUAGACUUAAUCGUCUUUGAUUUGGAUUUGGUUUGUAUAAUAAAAUAUCACAAUCUGAUAAUCUUUUUCAGGUGUGCCUGUGGACUUGUCAAUAGUUAGGCAGAUUGAGGUUUGGGAACAAUAUAUUAAUGAGAGGUGAACAUAAUGAGUGGUAGGAGGUCAUAUUUUUAUCUUUCUUUGCAGAGGGAAAGCACAAUUUGGUGUUGUUUUUUUUUACUUAGAUUUCAAUGUAAGGUAUCACCAUAAUGCAUGGGGGAAUUCAGGAUUGUUGUCUUUAUUUUGGGUGACAUUCUUGUUGACAAGUGAGAAGUUGACUGAGGUGUAAGGCAUGUAAGACUCUCUUUCAGGUUACGUUUGUCAGAAGAAGUUGUCACGAUCCAAUAAAAAUGGAAAUUGUGUUGCUUAGAUUUCAGAAAGGGGAGGUGACAUUUCUGAUAGACAAUUUAAGUCUAAUUCAUUGCUCCAUCUCGCCUACCUAAUUUCACCCAAUUUAUUUAUUUAGAUUAGUUGUCAUGAUUUUUGAGUUGUGAAUAAGAAACGUUAGGCCAAGAGGUUAUCCAUUUUAACAAAAGUUUUAAUUGAAGAGCUAGAUUAGCACAACUCACAGUUACUGUCAGUAUAUAACUAACCACGGUUAGAACAACAACCCAAACAGUAUCACGAGAAUAUCAUGAUGACCAAGCACCCAUUAUGCUGUAUGCCUGACCCCAUGGAAUAAAUGUGAGAUUAAAGGAGACAGAAGCAAAUACAGUCAAGGGUCCUUGGCCGGGAAGGAUUCACUGCACUAAUUAAUCACUUCACCUGUCCCCAGCCAGGUACAGCCUUUUAAAGGUAGCGUUGCCUAUGCGCAGCCAGUCAGCGGAUUCAAAAUCAGUGUUUUGCUUCGUGGUUGCUCCAGUGCAGUCUCCAUCCUGGCAGCCCCUUGGCAGCCUGAGUACCAACAGCCAGUAGGAAUCUCAUCGUACAGGGUUCAGAGGCAACAGAAGUAAAAGUUUUCCAAGACUUAAUAUCAUGUGAAGUAACAGAUCUAUUCAGCAUGGAUGAAGGUCAGAUGUCUAGGUAUAAAUGAACCACACAGUCUCCUCUAUGUAUUAAUUCUCAUGUAACUUUUUUCAGUGGUAUUGAUAAUACAUAUAAUUAUAAAAUUACUUUGCUGGAGGCAGUUGUUGGAUUGUUUUCACGUAGCUUAUACCAUAACUUUUCGAAGUCCUUGGCUUUUCCCAGUUGGAGUCUUAUCUAACAUUUUGGUUUUUUUCACCAGCAUGGAGUCUAAUUCGAACUGGAUAAAUUAAAAAUAUGAAGUAUGAACUAUUUUAUGCAUACUCGGAAGUUAAAGUUCAGUUAAGAUAAAGAAGAGUUAUAUCAAAAAGCUCUAAUGGAUAAAGGUAGAAAAGAAUGUUUAUAAAUUUUUUAAAUUUUAAAAUUCUACAAAAAUAUUACUGUACUGAAAUUACAGCUAGGAAGCUUGUGAAAGGCUUUGUACAUUAAUAUUCUAUUUUUAACAUCUGGAAAAUCAACCUGAAAGCAUAUGCCAGCACUUUAUGACAAAGUUGUUAUUCCUUAAAAUUUUUAUCCUGGUAUCUGAUGUUUACAUUUCUUACAACUUUUGGAGCUAACUUAUCUUUAAAUUUAAAUAAAUGAAAAUUAGUCUUAUCCGAGAAACUUAAGUUUUGAAGAUUUUAUUUGUACUUUUUGUAAACUUAAAAUAUACCUUGAAUCAGAUUUUGUUUGGAUCAGUGAGUUUGAUUUAUUUAAAAAUAUUACUGUGCAUGCAUAACUUCAAUUGAAUGUAAAUACAUACAUUGUAGACAAUUGUUAGCCCAUCUUGCUUCUUGCCAUAUUACUGGGAAUUACCAAGUGUAAAUGAGUGAUGAAUAACAUUUUAAGGUGACUGAAGUCAUAUUUCUAUGCAGUUUAUGACCUUUUUAUAUUAAAAUAAAUAAAUAAACGUUGCCUUUUUUCAAAA